CCGGGGGCGUGGCCAUGUGGUCUCGGGCCCAUGGCGGCGGCAGCGGCUGCGAGUGCGCUGCGGGGCUUGGCGCGGGGCGGCGGCCGCCGUCGCGCUUCGCCUGUGUCGGUGAUCUCACCGCUGGGGCUCCCGGUUUGCAGGCUGAAAUCGUCAGUCAGCUUUCUUGCUCGACCAGAUCGACCAAAUCUUGCUUAUCAUAAACUAAAAGGCAGGAAUCCAGGAGUUAUUUUUCUUCCCGGCCUUAAUUCAACUAUGAAUGGUCAGAAAGCAACUGCUCUUGAAGAUUUCUGCAACUCUCUAGGUCAUGCCUUCAUCAGAUUUGAUUAUACAGGAUGUGGAAGUUCAGGUGGUAAAUUUGAGGACUGUACAAUUGGGAAGUGGAGAAAAGAUGUUCUGUCUAUACUGGAUGAACUUACAGAUGGACCACAGAUUCUGGUGGGCUCCAGCUUGGGUGGAUGGCUGAUGCUUCAUGCUGCCAUAGCACGCCCAGAUAAAAUAGCUGCUCUAGUUGGAGUAGCUGUAGCAGCAGACCAUCUUGUAACAGCUUUUAAGAAGCUUCCCAUUGAGGCACAAAAAGAAAUAGAAGAAAAAGGUGAAUGGAAGUUUCCAACAAAGCAUAAUGAGGAAGGAUAUUAUUCCUUGACAUAUGACUUAAUCAAAGAAGCAGAAAACCACUGUGUGCUCAAUAGUCCUAUUCCUAUAACCUGUCCCAUCCGACUUAUUCAUGGCAUGAAGGAUGAUGAUGUCCCUUGGCAGAUUUCUAUGCAAGUUGCUGAUCGUGUUUUGAGCAAAGAUGUCGAUGUUAUCCUCCGCAAAAUUGGCCAACAUCGAAUGAGUGAGAAGGAAGAUACAAAACUUCUUGUGAAUACUGUUGAUGAUUUAAUUGACAAGCUGGCAACACUAGCAUAAGCUGCAGAGUAGCUUAAGUGCAUGAACUCUACACCUGAUUCUUUUCCAUGAGUAGCAGAAACCCUGUUCUUAACAAGAUUAUACCAGGCCUGUGACUAUCAGAAACUGAGCUUUAUCUGCUGUUUCCUUACCUCUGUUUCAUAAAUACAGGUAUUUUAUUAAUGCUGCAUUUGCACAGACAGUCCAAAAUGUGAAGGAGUGCUGCUUUUGUGUUUAGAACCUCUCCUUCACCACGUAAACCUUUUUUUCACAAGCUUCCUGCCUUUUUGUACUGAAAUGAUGAUUCAUUUUUUUAGUAUUGGCCUGUACAGUAAAAAUUUAAUUUCCCAUGUCUUUGCCUUUUUAGUGUUAUCCUUUUCUGUAACAUUUGUAUAUUGUACGUCUGAAAUCGUGUACAAAGCAAAGUACAACUUAAGUGUGAAGUUACUGCUAUUAGAAGUAGUGAAUAACAUGGAGCAUAAUAAAGGGAUUUCAGCUAAAUAUAUUGUUCUUAAGUACUAUUAAAACUGAAAAGUGGAAGGCACACCCCGAUGGUGUUCUUGGGGUACUACAACGGGAAGAAGUUAAAUUCUAAGAAUGCAGGGCCUCAAAGCUAUCUAUACUUUAUACUUUUAUCUACACUUAUCAGUAGGGUUUACGUUCUCCAGGCUGUGUUUUUGUAGUAGUUAAUUUGUAGAUCUACUAUUAAGUGGAUGAUAUAUAAUCUUGGUGUAAGCUGAAACUGGGUCAAUACAGUGACUCUCUUAUAGUAGUCUCUUUAGAGUGGGAAGUACAGGACCAUAGGGCAUCACUACCUCUUUUUCUGAGCCAAGAACUGUAGAUUAUUAAGAAGAGUGUCUUAAUUAUUAAGAAGAGUUAGGAAUUUGAGGUACAUGAUUGCAAACCUGAAAACUUGUAACUGAAACUUGAUAGUCAAAUAAUUCUUGUAAUGUAAUUCUUAGUAUUUAAUAGUAAAUGGAUUUAAUUGCAAAUGUGACUACUACCAGUUAUUUUUUUCUCAAAAAAUAUGGUUCCAUUCAUACACUUAAGAGAGAGAGAGGAACUUAAGUGAGAGGCUGGAAGUAGUUCAGGCUGGCCUUAGCGUGAAACAUCAGUUGAAAGUAUAUAGUUGUUUCUGGCUUUACUGUUUUAAGUAGUAAAUGGCAUUGCUAUUACUACCUUAAAUGGCUAAAAUUCCUGGGGUGAGGUAUUUCUAGAGGCUUUAUUGUUUUCAGUAUUAGCUUUGUCGGUACAAUUAUGUUGUAUAGAGCUUUGCUGAGGUAGUGGCUUUCAGUUUUUUAAAAAAUGCCAAACAACUAGAACAAAAAAAAGCCCUGCAACAACAGCAAUGACAAAACCUAAUUUUCAGAUUACUACCUGUGAAGUGCAGCUCUAUUUAGGUUUCAAUACUGCAAAAAGAAAGAUACUGUGAUGUACAAAAAAGAAAAAAAGAAAAAAGACUUCUGGUAUAAGAGUAAAAAAAGAUGGCUGUAGUUUUAGAUGCAGACCUUCUUAAUUCAAGUGUACCGACUCCCUAAUUCAAUCUAGAUCAGCAUACUUCCUGAGGAAUUACAAUAUUCCAUUAAAUCCAGGUAUUUCUGUUUCUGAAGGGAGUAGAUUUUUCUUCUCUAUGACUAUGCAAUUCACUACUUUCUUAAGCUUUAAAACAUCUUGAAAAUGUAUUUUAUUUUUGAGAAAAAUGAAUUCAGUCAAUUUAUGCAAAUUGCUCAACCACUUCCAUUCCCAAAGGCUGAGCUGUGUUCGUAUUUAUGUAUUGUUAAACAGUUGUCCUUUUUAUAUGUAUUCAUAUGACUUGCAGCUAAUAAAAACUAAAAAAUAUAUUUAGUGAGUUUUAAAGACAAGGUCAAACCAAAAUUAAGUUCCUUCAAAAUAUUCUGCUCUUAGUUUACCUGUGACAAUUUUUUUUUAACCCACUUCUGUCUCAUCUCUUAGAUGGAAGAAGAAGUUGAAUAAAAGUAGACUGCAAUAAUUCUGAAGUACUUAUAAUUAAGGCCCAAAGUUGCCAGUUGUGAUAGAUGUGCUUUUUGUUCACAUGUACGGAAGUCAUUUGAAUAACUGAAAAGUUCUGAGCUCUUUUUUUAGUUGAGAGUUAUACCUAUAAACGUUCAGUUGAACUGUAGUACUUCGAGAGGAAAUAGUCGUUACAGGUCUGCAUAAACCAUAGCUGUGUAUUUCUCUUGAAAGAAUUGCAUUGUAUUCAUUCGGAACUUCACCUUAGCUUUCAUUAAAUAAUUGAUACUUCAUGGGUUAGGUCUUUUUGUUACAAUGCCUUAAAGCAAGAUAGCUGAAAACAAAUGUGAAAGGGAGCAGUUGUGUGAGAAGUUUUCAGGUUGUUUGAUUGGUUGGUGGUUUUGUUGAUUCAGAACCCCCAUCAUUCUGCUUUAAUAACAUUAAGUGGGAGAAGGCAGCAUAACAUGGUGGACACAAUGAUUGAGGAUAGAAUACUGCAGCAUCAAUUGCUCAAACUGCAGCGUUACUGAAACUUAAUCCUAGGGAGGGUUUUUUUUUUUUGUGUGCCAUGUGUUUUGUACACUCUGUUUUCCUUCUCUGCUUGCUCAGUGGAGAUCAGGGGUAGCAUUUACAUUACAGUACACCCAAAAUUUGCUACACAGACUGUCAAUGCAAAGGCGGCAUUGAUGCUGUCUUCAUAGAGACAGUGUUCCAGAUAGUAUUUUCAGAUUCAGUGAACUGCCCUUCUCUCUGCGUUCACCUACCAUUUUCUAAAUCCAGCCUAUAUCCAUUAAAUUUGAAAAAGUAGCUUUGAGACAGACCUUAUGCAGACAGACUUUUCCCUCUAACUUUGCCUUGGUAAUUUGACUGGUAUUUCUCCCUGCAAAGCUUAGCACUUUCCUGCUAUAUUCUGUCCCCUGAGUUUAUGCCUGUGGCAUUUCUUUCAUCUUUUCCAGUACAUGCCUAGAUAGUGAAUUAUUUUCAGUAUUAGUCACAUUUAAAAACAAGUAUUUACUUCCUCUGUAGACUUCCUCUGUGUUAAACUAGAGGAUUACAUAUUUAGAAAGCUCUGCAUGGUGCACAAUUUUAAAAUAAUUUGUAGUGAAUUCUUGUGUUCUGGGUUUUUGGUUUUUUUACAUAUUUCUAAUUUUCUGCCAAAUACAAAGUAUGUUUUACAUACCUUUACAACAUAUAGUUUCUCAACAAUAAGUUGGAUUCAUGCAAAAUGAUCCAUGUCUUUUAUACUUUCAAAUUUACCGACUCGUGGUGCCUGGGCUGUUGGUUUUCUAUGAGUAUCUUAAUCUACACUUAAUUGUUUUCAGUAACACUCUUAGUUUAAAUUGUUAGUGUUCUCAUAAUCUUUCACUUUUGGCGGGUCUGAAAAUGCCUUCUGGGUUUAUCUGUCACUGAACAUAGUACGGUCAUAGAAUGGUUUGGGUUGGAAGGCAGCUUUAAAGAUCAUCCAAUUCCAACCCCCAUGCAAUAAGCAGCGACACUUUCCACUAGACCAGGUAACUCAAAGCCCCAUCCAACCUGGCCCUAACACUCCAGGGAUGGGGCACUGUCACAGUACAAGGCAGCUCUGGACACUAAGCAUGCAACUUGUGUUGCUGAUUUUGAUCCAGCAAUGAAUGAGCACUUUGAGGUGUUUAUCUUAAAUGUAAUGCUUAAACUAUGUAACAUUGACUUCUGCUCAGAAGUUCGCUAUAGUCAUUCGAGUUUCAUGAGUAAAUAACCAAAAGCUGUUAUAGCUAGGUGGAAAGCUUGAUUAGUAUGUAAUACCAAAGAAGUGAGUAACAGUUUUCAUUAAAAAGAAACAAAAGCAUUACCAGCUGACUUCAGCUGUCCCUACUCCUUACCAAAAUUUUCAUUUCAGAGCUGUUGCAAACUCAAACUCCAUGAGACUUAACUUGUGAAAUAAACUAUUAUGCCUUCAAGAAAAAAAGGAAGAAAAGGAUGAGGGAUGCUAUCCUGUGUUUGUGAUUAAACUCUGCAGUAGACCAGUAUGUGUUGGAAGAGUCUCUAAGGCUUAUUCAGCUUGUUUCCUAAUAAACAUAUGCUCUUAUUCAGUGCAUAUUGAGCUGUACUAAUGUAGUUGUAUAUACUUUUUUAAACCCUGUCAAGUAGUCUCUUCUGUUGUUUGGCUUCGCUUCACACUUCAACUUUUUUUUUUU